CCAGGUGGGGUGGUGAUCAUUCUGUUCCCUCUACAUUUCUCCUGUAAAUAGGAGUAUAUGCAAUGGGACAGAGCAGAGCCAGAAUGCUGAGAAUCCUUCUCCUUGCCAGCUUCCUGCACCUCACAGUGGGCCAUGACCCAGUCUUUGUUGAGCAGAAGCAAGCCGCCUCCUUGCUGAAACGCUCCCGACGUGCCAACAGGGGAUUCGUGGAAGAGCUUCUUAAAGGCAACCUAGAACGGGAAUGUCUGGAGGAAACCUGCCACUAUGAGGAGGCUCAUGAAGCCCUUGAGUCUCAUGACCUAACAGAUGCAUUCUGGAUAAAAUACACAGCUUGUUUGUCUCAGAGGAAGAUCAGAGCAAUUCUGGAUGAAUGCAUGAAAGGUGACUGUGCCAUAGAUCAAGGGCAGCAGUACGGGGGAACUAUUUCUGUUACCAGAUCAGGAGUUGAAUGCCAGUUCUGGUCAAGCAAAUUUCCUCACAAACCUGAUUUCAAUGCAACAACCUAUCCACAUGCCAACCUGACAGAAAACUACUGCCGGAACCCAAACAACAGCCCAACAGGGCCCUGGUGCUACACCCGAGACCCAACAGUACGAUCAGAAGAGUGCGCUGUUCCUGUGUGCGGUGAGAACCGAACCACAGUUCCAUUAACUCCAAAAGUUCAACAAGAAAACACAAAGCAGCAGCAACACUGUGAAGCUGAUUAUGGACUUGGGUACACUGGGACCCUCUCUGUCACCCUAUCUGGAAAUCAAUGCUUGCCAUGGGCUUCUGAAAAAGCAAGAAAGCUAAGCCGUGGGGCAUCCUUCUUGCCAGAUGUUAAUCUCCUGGAGAACUAUUGUCGCAACCCAGAUAAUGAUGAUGAAGGCGUCUGGUGCUACAUAGACCAUCCUAAUACCACUUUUGAAUACUGUGACUUGCACUACUGUGAAAACUCUCCAGAAGAUGUGGAUGAAUCAAGAGGUGGCCGGACAGUUGUCCAGCAACACGAACUCUUCUUUGAUGUUAAGACAUUUGGCCAAGGUGAAGCAGACUGUGGUCUCCGUCCCUUGUUUGAGAAGAAGAGUAUCACUGAUGAUUUUGAGCUGGAGCUCCUAGAAUCCAUGGGUGGCCGAAUCGUGAAGGGACAAGAUGCUCAAAUAGGCAGCGCUCCAUGGCAAGUGAUGCUGUUCAGGAAGAGCCCUCAAGAAUUGCUGUGUGGUGCCAGCCUCAUAAGUAAUCGUUUGAUCCUGACAGCUGCUCAUUGUAUCUUCUACCCUCCCUGGGAUAAGAACUUCACAGCAGAUGACCUCGUUGUGCGAAUUGGCAAACAUAACAGGAAAAUACAUGAAAAGACCAUGGAAAAAAUUGCCUUGCUGGACAAAAUAACCAUCCAUCCCAAAUAUAACUGGAAGGAGAAUCUAGAUCGGGAUAUUGCAUUGUUGCGCUUGAGGAAGCCUGUUCCUUUCAGUGACUACAUCCAACCAGUCUGCUUGCCUACCAAAGAGAUUGUGCAAAGCCUGCUGUUGACGGGGUACAAAGGACGUGUGACUGGUUGGGGAAACCUUUUUGAGACCUGGAGCGCUAGCGUUAAUGACUUACCCACCUAUCUGCAGCUAGUGAACCUUCCCAUUGUGGAUCGAGACACUUGUAAGGCAUCCACAAAAAUUAAAAUCACAGACAAUAUGUUCUGUGCAGGAUAUAGUCCCGAUGACUCUAAGAGAGGGGAUGCAUGUGAAGGUGACAGUGGGGGCCCAUUUGUCAUGAAGAACCCACAAGAUAACAGGUGGUAUCAGGUGGGUAUCGUCUCAUGGGGAGAAGGCUGUGAUCGCGAUGGUAAAUAUGGAUUCUAUACCCAUGUGUUCCGCCUGAAGAAGUGGUUGAAAAAGAUUGUCGAGAAACAUGGGAACUAAAAGGAAUUUCAUCUCAACCUACAGCCCAGGUUCUAAAAGUAUGUGUACAAAGAAAACAUUAUAGUAACUAUCUGGCCAAACUGCAAUAAAGGUUCCGCACCAAGGAUCAACUCUG